AUGAUAUGUGAUAGGUAUGACGCCUUGGAGCUUCAAAGACAGACAAAUGAGGACACGGACCUCUGGUUAAACAUCGUGUCCAUCAGCGACGCGGCUGCGCACCAGAGCCUGAGCAGGGCUCUUCUCCGGAGCAGCACGUUCCCGGACGUGGUGGUUGCCUGCCUGCUGUACUGCUCCCCAUCCUGCGACAGCGCCGCCGCAGCCGUGUGGAAGGCGCUCGUGUCCACGCCCGGAGCUGCGGAGCGGGUGCUGCGGGAGCUGCUCAGUGUGCUGGAGGACUGGCUGCUGCAUGAGAUGGAGACGUCAGAUGGGCACCAUGGUCAUCUCUUCCCUACCUUCUGCCUUUGCAAGGAGGGGGCAAGAUUUGUGAACUGUUCUGGAGUCAAUCUGAGCGGAAGCCUCAUCUUUCCGCCAGAGACAGAGCACUUGGAUUUGUCUAACAGUGGCUUGCAUACUAUGCCCAGCCUGGCACUGAAAUCCCUGUGGAAGCUGCAAGUUCUCCUUCUGUGCAGAAAUGACAUUGCUGAGGUAGGAAGGGGAGCAUUUCGCUCUUUGGAGAGACUCCAGAAGCUUGAUAUCAGUGGGAACGUGAUCACAGUGCUAGGAAGCAGUUUUUCAGCUGGGCUCAGCGCUCUCCUCGAGCUGUCGUUGUCCCACAACAGGAUCCAGGCAGCUCGUUUCAGGAGCUUUCAAAAUUUUGAGAACCUGCAGAAACUCAACAUCCAAAACAACAACAUCUCCUCCAUUGAACCUGGGGCCUUUCGAAGCUUAAUCCGCCUGCGGCAACUUCACCUGCAGAACAACCAGCUGCUCAGCCUUCACGACGGGGAUUUCUCCAUGCUGCAGCAUUUGGAGAUUUUGAACUUGGAAGGCAACAGGAUCAAGACAAUUGGCCCUGGUGUCUUCACAUCCUUGAGUAGCCUCACCGUCCUGAACUUGGAGCAUAACUGCAUUGAGCACAUCAGGUUCAAAACCUUCCUAAGCCUGCAGACCGCUGGGACACACAUUCUGCUUUCUGACAACCCUUGGUUCUGUGACUGCGACCUACAGAGGGUCUUUGCCAAGCUGCAUAGUGUCCAGCGUCUGGUCCUAGACCACUAUGAGAACAUGACGUGUACAGAGCCAGCAGUGCUGAGGAACAUCCCACUGGCCUCUGUGGACACCCAGCUCUGUGCUGCAGAGAUGGCAACUGUGCUCAUUAUCACCAUCACGGUGCUUGUCAGUGUUGUGGCUGCCAUCGUGAUGGCAGAGCGAAACAGGAGGAGAAGGACAGGCAAGCACUGGAGUGAAGACAACGAGCUCUCUUACAGCAUACAUUGGUGUCCCCUGCGGCGGCCGCUGCUGCUCGGGCUCUUUGUCCUGCUGGUCCCCGCCACUUUCCAGGAGCCCGGUAACCUCGACGUCCCCUUCCUCCCAGUGAAGCGUUUCCGGCUGCUCUUCCCAAUGUUUUUGCCAGUCGGCUCCAGCUGCGGGUCUGGGCCGGCCGGCUUCCCGCGGGCUGGCCCUGGGCCGCCUCCGCGACGGGUCUCCCGACAGAAUCCCACGGCGCAAGAUUUUGGAGGGGAAGGCAGAGCGCUGACUGCCAGAGGGCUUCCUGGCGGGGCUCCUCCUGGAGAGGGGAUGUCAGAUGAGGACAGGAGCCGGCGGGGAGCGCGGAUGGCUGCAGCUGGAGGCUCCUUGGCCGUCUGGGAAGCUGGCCUGACCUCCGAGAAGGCCGGAGCCGCCCUGCGCAGGGGAGCAGGUUUCUGCGGGCUGGCCCCGCAGGUUUCUGCGGGCUGCCCCGAGCUGGGCCAGGCAACAGGAUCCGUGUCCACAAGCAGCCUGUGA